UUCCUCCUGCUGGGUCCUUGCUCCUACUUUCUGGAGCCAGCACUGCGGGGUGGCAGGCAUGUUGGGAUUUGCAGCAUCAGGGUGUAGCCUCCAACACACACCCCAGUAAUCUGGUCUUACCUGCUGCUCGCUCAGACAGCGGUGAAGAAAUGCCGGGGGUUGAGCUGCUCUUCCCCACCAGCUGAGCCUCCAAGAGACAGCGAGGGGCAGAUGUGUGAGCCCACCCGGGUGAGGGGACACAGACUUUGUGAGCUGAGGCACCGAGAUCCGGGGAGGUGUGCUGAGGCUGGUAAAGCAGAAAUAGGACUUGAAGCAACAGAGUGCCAGAUGGGUUCUGCACAAGCCAGGCAGAAGUGCAUCAGGAAGUGAGAAAGGAGAAGAGACAAACUUCGGCAUGCCAGAUGUAGAACCAGCCACAGCGUGGUAGGGGACAGCUGUGAUUUGGAUGAAGAGGCUGCCCGGUUCUGUUUUGAUCCAAGCUGCUUGGAGGGUUUGGGGCCCGGAUCGAGACCUCUGCAGUGGAAGCAGUCACCAAGCAGCAAGGCAGCUGGCAUCCACACUUGGCUCUUCUCCAGCAGUGAGGAAUUGUACUGACAGCUGGCAAUGAUCUUCCAUCACCUUGUCACCUCAUAACCACUGGAAAGAAUUGCUGAACUAGGGGCAGAAGCAGACUUCACAUUACCAUCUGUGCCAGAUGACCACAGAUCAGCAAUCCAAAGCAGUGCCAGCCAAGAGAGACAUUACCCAUCUACCUCCCAGCUGCAGAUGACAGGAAUGACCUGCCCGUGGCUCCUCAGAGGGGAACGACUUCUCUCAGUGCUCUUCUUUGUGCCUCCUUAGCCCAUCAACAGGCUCAGCCAUCUCAGCAAAAGCAUUCCCUGAUCCAUGCUGGGCAUGUCAGCAUCCAAUACUUCCAACACGUCCCAGACAUGCAAGGAUUACACCUUCAACCACCACCUCCUCAUGCCUGGCUACACCGUGAUAUUCAUCACAGGUUUGUUACUCAAUGUGGUAGCCCUGUGGAUAUUUCUCCGAUACCUGCGCCUGAAGUCUGUAGUGAUGAUCUACAUGUUGAACCUGGCCAUAAGUGACCUCAGCUUCACACUUUCUCUGCCCCUGCGACUCUACUACUAUUCCAACCACCACUGGCCCUUUGGUAGCUUCCUCUGCCAGGUCUCUGGCUCAGUCUUCCAGAUCAACAUGUAUGGUAGCUGCCUCUUCCUCAUGUGCGUCAACCUAGAUCGCUACAUUGCCAUUGUUCACCCACUUCGCUGGCGGCAUCUGCGGCGCCCCAAGGUGGCCAAGUACCUCUGCUUCGUCGUCUGGGUUGUGAUCUUCAUGGGCUCCAUCCCCACAGCCAUAGUCCACAAGCAAAACCACUGUAAAGUAGAAAACCAGACCAUUUAUCUAUGCUUUGAAAGCUUUAGUGACAACAUAUGGCAGAAUAACCUCUUCCCCCUGGUAAUCCUGGCUGAAAUCUUGGGGUUUCUCUUGCCUCUCAGCUCUGUGACAUACUGCUCAAUUCGGAUCUUUCAGGAGCUCUGCCAGCCCAGCCAGACAAAGACCCUGCGACAGCAGAAGACCAUCCGUCUCCUCUUGGUCAAUCUGGUCAUCUUCAUCAUCUGCUUUGUGCCCUACAACACUACCCUGGCGGUUUAUGGGAUGAUAAAGGCCCGGGUGAUGAAGGUUGAGGAACAAACCCAGGCCUCCGUGCGCCAAGCGUUAAUUAUAACGAUGAUGUUGGCCAGCAUGAACUGCAUGCUGGACCCCUUGAUCUACUACUUUAGCACUGAGGGUUUCCGUAACACCUUCAAGAAAUUGCGGCGGGGACAAGCCUGGGACUCCGAGAUAGGAACGCUCAAGCAUCAGAUUGUGGACAGUAAGUCAACCCGAGGCCACGCCGUGUCUAAAGUGAAACUGUUCCCAUCUGAAAACUUUAUCCGUCCCAAUGAAUUCUCACCGUCACUUCCUACUGCAGUAUUCCUGAAUGGCCCUAUUGAGGACUCGGAAAUUUAAGCGUGGGAAAGCCAUACCAUUGCAGAGUCACACAUGCAGUAACUACAGCAAACUGUUUGAGGGAGCACAGCAGACUGUCCGUGGGUGAAUGUGGUGAUGCAAAGCUGAAGGACGAAAGGUUGUUUUGAAUAAACAGAGGUGUCUUCGUGACAUGGUCAUACCUGACUCUUUUGGUACAGGAAACAUAGUAGGGAACAAGGAUUUGAAAGAAGCUUAGUGUGUCUAGGUGUGGCCAGCAUGAAUUCCUGUAGCAAGUCCAUCCUAACUGAGUAGCUCCUGGCUGCACUGUAGCCUGAGGCAGUUCUGAGGAUCAACUGAACACAGAUAGAGUACUCAGUGCUGACAAAGUGAAUUUACUAGCAGUGGCUGAGGAAAACCUUUGACCAGAUGUUUCAAUUUGAGUCAUAGGUCCAGCACAGGACACCUAAAUGAGUAUCUUAAUUUUAAAAAAGAACUGAAGCAUUUAGCAAGCUUUGUUGAGGUCAAGGAGAAUAGCUGAGUUUUCAGUAAUCCUGCUGAAAAUAGGUUCCUAAUUGUAUAGAAAAUCACAGACCUUAGCAAAACAAUCUUCAGGAGGUAUUUCAAAUGUGCAGCUGUAAACACACACACAUGGCCUAUGGCUAUCCAUUUACCAAAAGCAAAAUGGCUUGGGAAACACUAACAUACUUUUAAAAACUGCAUUCCCAAUGGCUCCUGAAAAAAAAGAGAAUACCAAUAUUGUCAUUGUGUCAGAAGCUCAUGCUGAUGUUAGUGCUUUGCACUCUCUUGUUGCUGGCCCCUGUAUAGGAUGAUUGAUUUCGGGUCUGAGUGAUUUUCACUGUUGAAAAGGAAUGAUGUCACAGAAUGAGGCUGCAGUGAAAUGUAUUUGCUUGCACUGUUUGUACAUGCUUUUUCAGACUGCGCUAUAUGUGAAAGCCCUAUAAAUCUCCCCAGAAGCGAGAUCCACCUCUACACAAGCAGUGCCAGAAGCCCCAGUUUUUCACUCCUGCUGAUGGCCAAGGGUUGCCUUUCCAACUGCACUGCAAAACAGCCUCUCUGGCUUCCAGCAGGUCUCAGGCUAUUCUGGAAUGGACCCAUUACAGUGGUUUGAUUUUGUUUUUCUUAAUGUUAAAGGAAAGGUCAGGGAAAGUGACAAGAAAUGUAGUCCAGAGUGCUAGGGUUUAUAGUUUUUAGACUUCUCAAUAAGCAGUAAAUCUGGUUUCAAGUUCCUACUUCAUGGCUGCUGUGGGAAUAAAUGUACUGUAAUACAUCACAGGUUGGUGUUAGGAGAUACCACGUUUUACAUCCAUUUUUGCCAUCUCCCUUGAAGACCCUCUCUUUUAUGAGAGAUUACUGCAGAAGCAGGUCUUCAAGAAGACCUGUAGAAGAUGAUGAGCCGCUCCACAGAGACAUCCUUGUGUCACCGCCUGCCUGUGAGACAUACGCCCUGUGUGAGCCAGCUCUGUCCCCUUGCUCAGCCUUUGCAUCACCAGCAGAGCAGCCUUGAAAUCCAUUUGCAGCUGAAGAACAUUUAAUGGUGCCCAAGAGAUGCAGGGAGAGAGGUUGAAGAGGGCUUGUAGGGCAGUAGACUUUCCUAUUUUAAAAACUCAGAGCUGCCAUGAAUCCUUUGUGACAUAGUGCAGCUGGGGAGGAAACAGAGCUGUGUGCAUCUCUUCCACUACCCUUUUGUCCUGGAUUUAUGGGAUAAUGGAGUGAUAUUACAGUAGAUGCACUGCUGUCCAUUUUGAAACCUUCUACCACCUUAAUCCUUUCUAGACCCCUUUCUUUGUCCCUGUCCCUCUGGCCCUUUCUCCUUUCCCUAGUCUAACGCACCAUGCACCUAAGCAUCAAAGCAAUGCCUUUGCAGUUACAUUUUCUUCCCUGCCCAAAGAAGUUAGUUACUUUUUUCUUUCCUUUUAACUUGUCUAGAGUGCUGUUAUAAGUUCACUGAAAGAUUUGGGUGGGAAGUGGUCUCUGGAGGUCUCUACUGAGACUGCCUGCUCACAGCAGGCUGCUGGGAGCAGUAAGGGCUGGCAGCUCCCUAAAGGAAUAUAAGAGCUGAGAUCCAGGCACGUAACAAGGCAGGCAGAGGAAGAGGCUUAGCCAGCGAGGGAAAGCAUCUGAGCAAGGGGACAAAGGCAGGUAUAGGCAGACAGCUGGGUUCAGCUGAGAAUCCAGAUCAUCACACAAGCUUGUGGUGAUGAGGCAGGUCCAAGGGCAAACUAAGAAGUCAAGUCAGCAUCAGGAUCAAGUCUGGAGGCAGGAACCAAGGUGAGCCACAGUCCAGAGAUUGCCUGACAAGUCCAUCAUGACAAGGCAGGUCUUGGGUCAAGCCAGGAAGCCUUGUCACGGGUCUAGAUCCACGGAUUGCAUGGUCAGGCACAGGCCAGACUCCUCAGACAGGAGCCAAGGGCAAGUGCACCAGGCUAAAAGCAUCUCCUGGGGCAGGGGGUCAGUCCUGGCUGAGACUCCAGCAGAGCUUUCUAGAAACUCUCCCUGAAGUCAUCGGAGGCAAGAGGCUGCCCUCAGCUCCACUGCCUCUGACCCGUCCCCAGGCUUGUACAGCCAAAGGCAGGAGCAGAGAGGAUGUACAUGGGACCCCAAGGCAGUUUAGGUUUCUCAGAGCCUUGUCCAGGUGUCUUCUGAGCACCUCCAAGGAUGGCGAUUCCCCAGCUUCCUGAGGUACCCACACCAGUGCUGAAACAUGCCCUGGGGAGAGGCUUUUCUUAAUGCUCACCAGGAUUGUUGCAUGUCAUGGCUGUUGUGCUUUCUCAGGGCCACAAAGAGCAGAGUCUGGCUCUGUCUUCUCUUGGCAAGUUUGCCAAGUAUGAAUGAAAUGUCAGCUGGAGAUGCCACUCCUUUGGAAGAGGCUGCUCCUCUGCUGAAGUUACAGUAGCCUCCACAGCACACAACUUCUCAAAAAGCACAUCAGAAAACAUGAUCUUUUCUUGUAGCUUCACUCCUGAAAAUACUGGAACCAUUUUUACCUGGAACAUUUAAUAAAUAUUCCACCUCCAGCAGAGGAAAUUUUAGCUCAAAUAUUUUGACUAAAUUAUAAAUAACUGCAAAGAUGAUCUCUUAAUGAAUCUCAUCAACUAGUUUAACAAUGAGGGCUGCUGGUCAUAUUACACGCAGCAGAAGAGUUCCUGACUUUGGGUUUCUGAAGGCUUUGCUUUACUGUUACAUAUAGAUAGUUGUGGGCCCAGUGUGGGCUGUUGUAUUUUGUCCUUUGGGUAUUCAAUCUUUUUCAGCUUGCAUUAGUUUUGUUUUGGUUUUGAGGAUUCUAGUCAAAUGUAAUAGCUUUGGAUUCCAGAGGGAAUUUGGGAUAUUUUUCAUGUUUAACAGAGAGAAUUGUGAGCGAAGUCUCUGCUUCUGCAUUUUUGCUUUGUAAGCUUCAGGAAUUUUUUAUUCCAUCACAUAAUGAUAAGGAAUAGCACAUGUAUGUGCUGUCUUUUGCUGAAAUGAGUCAUUCACCCUUAUCUUGCUUUAUGGCUUCUUUUUAAUCAGUGUAUAAAAAAAAAGCAGGCAAACAAAUCUGAAAGUUCUAGGGUAUGAUGGUGUCCAACAAUACAAAACGGAACCACUUGAAUGCUUGUGUUUAGAACAACAGGAGCUACGGGAAGCAAUGGUAUUCAAGAAGGGAAAGUUAAAUGGGAAUAUAAGCUUAGCAAAGUCUUUUCAACCUGUAUAGGUGAUCCUCUACAUCCUACUGUGAUAAUUCUUGAAUUAGUAUUCUUGUUAAGUAUGUCAGAGGUAAAAGGUGUCAUUCACUACUUCCCUGUACUUCAUGUCAUUUGCAGAUGUGAACAUUAAACAAAUGUCUCCUGAUCAAGAAAGACUAAACAAGUGAAAGGUCAGAGAGAUGGCAAAGGCACACAGAACACUUAUUCUGUAUGGAUCAGACAGUAUCUGCAAAAAUGUACAAAUACAUUAGGAUUUCAACUCCUUUGACUUCCAGAAUGGAUAUGUCCUAUGCUUCUGGAAAUGGUUCCCUACUUGGAUGAUAUAUGAAAGUAUUGUUAUGACUAUUAAUCAUGACUAUUAAUAUUAAAAUGUAUUUUAUACUUUCUAGAAA